AUGUAUAUAGAACUGGAAUUAAAGCAGAACAAGCUCAAAAAUCCAAUUCGUAGAACUCUUUGCUCCCACUUGCUCAACAGUUUCAGCUCUAUUGCAGCCUUGAUAUAUAUGCACCCAUACACCAGUCCGUCUCACAAACCAAAGGUGGCGAUCGCGAGUAGUCGACUACUAGUACUUCACUCGAUCAAUUUAUCAUGGUAUGUAUUAUUUUUCACAGACGCUAACUGCACCAGAUUACUAACCCAGGGUCAAGGUCCAUCCGGCAUGCCUGGAGGCGAAGGCUUCGGUAAAAAGAAAGACGACAAGAAGAAGGAGAAACCUAAAUAUGAACCACCUGUCGAGUCCAAAUUCGGAAAGAAAAGAAGAAAGGGUCCGGACACAGCGGUGAAACUUCCAAGCGUUUACCCCAAUACUCGCUGUAAGUUGAAGUUGUUGAAACUUGAACGAAUCAAGGAUCAUUUAUUGUUGGAAGAAGAGUAUGUUACCAACCAAGAAGCGUUCCAACCCACAGAGGCGAAACAAGUUGAAGAAAGAGAGAAGGUGGACGAUCUUCGUGGCUAUCCAAUGUCUAUCGGUACUUUGGAGGAGAUUAUAGAUGACGAUCAUGCCAUUGUGUCCAGCACUGCAGGUUCGGAGUACUAUGUGAGCAUCAUGUCAUUUGUGGAUAAAGGCUUGUUAGAGCCCAGUUGUUCAGUGUUAUUACACCACAAGACGGUGUCGAUUGUAGGUGUCCUUCAAGACGAUGCUGAUCCUAUGGUAUCUGUCAUGAAACUCGACAAGUCUCCGACCGAGUCAUACGCCGACAUUGGUGGACUCGAAGCACAAAUCCAAGAGAUCAAGGAAUCGGUCGAGUUGCCGUUGACGCAUCCCGAAUUAUAUGAAGAAAUGGGAAUUAAACCACCAAAGGGUGUGAUUCUUUACGGUGCUCCCGGUACCGGUAAGACGUUAUUGGCGAAGGCUGUAGCGAACCAAACGAGUGCCACAUUCUUGCGUAUUGUGGGAUCAGAAUUGAUUCAGAAAUACUUGGGUGACGGUCCAAGGUUAUGUCGACAAAUUUUCCAAAUCGCAGCAGAACAUGCUCCCUCUAUCGUGUUUAUCGACGAGAUUGAUGCCAUCGGUAGUAAACGUUAUGAAUCGUCUUCAGGUGGUGAACGUGAAAUUCAAAGAACCAUGUUGGAACUUUUGAAUCAAUUGGAUGGUUUCGACGACCGUGGAGAUAUCAAGGUAAUCAUGGCAACCAAUAAGAUCGAAUCAUUGGAUCCCGCCUUGAUUCGUCCUGGAAGAAUCGACAGAAAAAUCUUAUUCGAGAAUCCUGAUUCAAAUACCAAAAGAAAGAUCUUGACGAUCCACACAUCAAAAAUGAGCUUGGCUGAUGAUGUAAACCUUGAAGAGUUGGUCACUUCGAAGGAUGAUUUAUCAGGCGCUGAUAUCAAGGCAAUGUGCACAGAGGCCGGAUUGUUGGCUUUGAGAGAAAGAAGAAUGCAAGUCAAAGCCGAUGACUUUAAAGCUGCGAAGGAAAGAGUAUUGAAGAACAAGGUGGAGGAGAACCUUGAAGGGUUGUAUUUGUAG